AUGGAUUUCAGCCCAGAGGAGGAACGGGCGGGCAUACACAGCUCCAUUAACCUACACACCAAACGCGUGAUCGCUGCCUUCUACUCGAUGAUCGAGUGUGCACAGCUGGAGGCGACGCAGGACUGCCUUCUACGAACGGAGAUCGACAACUUCCAGUUGAAGCUUCAUAACGAUAGCCUGCCUCUAUACCAUAGCUUCCGACCUUGUGAUCAACGAGCUGCUCCACUCUCCCGAAGCGAAAUUACGCGAACGCAUUCAGGACGAAACCGACCUCGCCCGAGGUUUAUCGGUGCUGCGCAGGCGCAUCUCCAACUUCGAGAGAUCGCUAUCUGCGAAGCACAGAGACUCUAA